GAAAAAAAAGAAUUUAAGGGAAAAAAAGAAGGGAAGAAAAGAAGAGAAAAGAAAAGAAAAGAAAAAAAAGAGAUAGAUGGCACCAAGGCUCCUUUCAACAGCAAACACGUUCCAUUCUUCUUCUUCUUCUUCUCCAUUGUCAAGAUCAAGAUUUGGUUGCCUUCACUGCCAUAAUAACGCCGGGCGAUUGAUUAUCUGCAAGGGAAUUAAUGACCCACCAUCGCAAAUUCCAGCUUUGACCAAGAGGACCCUCUCAAUAUGCUUUGUUUCCACCUUCAUUUUCCCUCUGGUGGGUCGAGGCUCCUCCGAUGCAAAUGCUGCGAUUCUUGAAGCCGAUGAUGAUGAGGAGCUUCUGGAAAAGGUGAAGAAGGAUAGAAAGAAGAGGCUCGAAAGACAAGGGGUUAUCAGUUCAGCCAACAAAGAAACAGCAUACCUCCAGGAAGUUGUGUACAAGCUGAGCAAAGUAGGCCAAGCCAUUGAUAAUAAUGAUUUCUCAACAGCAAGUUCAGUUCUUGGGGGUAGUAGUGAUGCAGAUUGGGUUCGGAAUGCCAAUUCGGCCUUCAACAAGCUGAGCUCAAGUCCUGAAGAGAAAUCUGAGGUGGACACAUUCAAUUCCUCUAUAGCUUCGUUAAUCUCAUCAGUUACUCAGAAUGAUGUUGAGUCCUCCAAAACUGCCUUUGUAGCAUCUGCCAGUGCACUUGAGAAAUGGACAGCCUUGGCAGGGCUUAUUGGACAGCUGAAGGGGCUUUGAGUUGAAGACAACCUUCUGCAUUGAUAUCAUUUAUUCUAAAAUUUGACCUACUCCAUUUCAUAGUCUCCCCAGCUACUUUCCCCCUCCCAAAUUCAUUGCAGUUAAAGGUCAAGAAGCUGAUUUUCUUGUCAUCUUCUCACUGAGUUUUUGUUGUCAAUGUUAUUUAACUUUGAAUCAUUGGUUAGUUUGAAUGCUAUUGUUAAUUUGCUCAAGGAGAUCAAUACAUCUGUUUAUGAACAAAGUAAAAUAUCAGUCCAGUUAGCAAUA